UGGAUUGAAAACUUUUUGUCCUAGUGAAAAAACCAUUUGAUGAUAGCAGAACAUUCACUUUAUUCGACGGAAAGCACAACAGAAACAUCCGAUAAAUAUAAACCAACGGGUUGGAGAAACGCGACAACUUUCUUCUCUUCAGAUAGUACAAUUUCUCCUAUUCCUACAAAGUCCCUCUCCUCUCUCAGUAAUAUUCACACUUAUAGAGUAACCGUAGAAACCGCGGACGUUCGAUGGGCAGGUACAGAUGCGCAAAUAUUUAUAAGACUCAUAGGUGAUAUAACUACGGCUCCUGAGCAACAUUUGGCUGGAGGAAACUUUGAAAGAGGCGGUAUAGAUCAAUUCACCUUUGAUAUUCCUCACAUAGGAAACCUUGUCAAGAUAAUGGUUCGUCACGAUGGAAAAGGUUGGGGUUCUGCUUGGAUGUUGGAGAGAAUCGUCGUAAAAGAUGAAAACUUGCAAAAAACUUGGGUUUGUAAUUGUUCUAAAUGGCUUAAUAGAGAUGUCGAUAAUAUGAUGGAACUGGUUCCAACUUGCACCAAUUCCAACUCCUUAAGUAGCUUCCUCCAACGAAGAAUAAGUGGCAUCUUUUCGAGCAGUUCUCCUGCUAAGAAUCUAUUUGCAUCCAAUCCAACCAACGGAAAAAAUAAUGUUCUUAAGGAAACAUCUCCGAAAACAUUCUCGCCAAAGACAGAAUCGCCUUAUCACGAAGAAACCAGUAAAUCUAUCAUAGAAAGACCCAUAGAACAUACUCCCUCCAAUCCAAUUUCGCCGGUUGAAUGGCAAUGUAAUGGCUCUCCAAUAGUCAUUCGAUUUCAUGUCAACUAUUUCACUCAAGAGUCCCAGUAUUUGUAUGUAUGUGGUUCAGCCAAAUUUCUAGGUGAAUGGAACGCUCAAAAGGCACUAAAAAUGAAUAUGUUUACUGCUCCUGAUGGUGCCUGGAGAGGUGACUGGCGUUUGGAAGUUCAAGUUUCAGAAAUUGAAGAUUUCCAAUACAAAUAUCUUGUGGUUGAUGAAACCAAUGGAAACAUUACUUGGGAAAAUGGUGAAAAUAGAAAGAUGGAAUUUCAUAGGCAUACCAGUCAAAUGAUGAAAGUCAGAGAUGUUUGGCAUACACCUUCGAACUCUCGGAAGAUUAUAACGAGUUUCACGCCAUGCGACUCGAAAACUACUCCUAAAACAGUAAAUGAUAAUGCAACGCCAUGCUUUUAUCGACAGAACGCAUCUUCGUGGACAGACCCUAAAGGAGGAGAUACAGAAUUGAAAAUGGAUGAUAUUCGAACCAGAGAAGAACUUAUCGAGAAAAUUCAACAAUUACAACAACAAUUGGAUGCAAAAGAAGCUAAAUUAUCCCAUGCUAAUGCCUUGUUAUUACAAAAAGGAAUCAGUGCCGUGAUGAGUAGAAAGGAUGAAAACUUGACUUGGUCGAGGCUAACAGACUUUGAAAGAGAAAACAAUGAGCUUCGGUCAGAAUCUGAAACCAUGAAAGAAAAAAUAAGCCAGUAUGAAAAUGAUGUGAAGAUACUUCAAAAGGAAACGGAAACCCUAAAGUUACAAUUUGAAGAAGAAAUGAACAAGAAACAGGAACUGGAACAACAACUUGUACAGCUCCGUCAGUUACAGUUCAAAUCUCAAGACGACAAGUGUUACACAAAUAAUGCAUCGAAUAUACAACAAAGCGUUGUAAAUGGCUCCAUCUUAAAAGUUAAGGAAAGUGUUCAGCUAUUGAGUGCUGCGAUAGAACAAGUUCGUUCUGAAGUUGUCUCCAGUAUUUCUCAAAACGAAGAGCGAAUGAGUCACGACUGCCAGAUUCUACACCGAAUUAUCUUAGAAAACCAACAAAAAAUGAACGAAUUAAAAGAAAGAUGGAGAAAAGAAUUCGAAUGGCGUCGAAGGCUUUUCAAUCAAGUUCAAGAACUUAAGGGAAACAUUCGAGUCUUUUGUCGACCAAGACCUUCUCGCUCAUCUUGUGCAAUUCAAGUUCUCGAGGAGAAUCGUCUCAUGGCAAAAGGAAAGGUCUAUGAGUUUGAUAGAGUGUUUUAUCCAAAUGCUAGUCAAAAAGAAGUAUACGAAGAAACCUCCUCCUUGAUAACUUCUGUGAUGGAUGGCUAUAAUGUUUGUCUCUUUGCUUAUGGACAAACGGGAAGUGGUAAGACCUACACAAUGAAUGGUGAUGAAGCCAGUCGUGGAGUGAAUUAUCGAGCAAUCGAAGAGCUCAUUAAAAUACGAAAUGAAAGAGCAGAGGAGAUCCAAUAUGAAAUUGAGAUGAGUCUAGUUGAAAUAUACAACGAACAGUUGCAUGAUUUGAUAGCAGGCAGUGAUGAAUCCUCUCAGUCUAUUCAUUCGUCGUCUUCCAAGGGCAGUAAUACCUGGAGUACUCAGAAACUGGAAAUUAAGCUUAGUCCACAAGGGCCUUAUAUUCCAGACUUGACUUGGAUACCAGUUAUUUCUGUCGAACAAAUAUGGCAAGUGAUGGAACAAGCAUCCAAUUAUCGCUCACAAGGAAAGACAACUAUGAAUGAUCGUUCUAGUCGUUCCCAUUUGGUCAUUAGUUUAAGGAUUCAAGGUCGAAACUUGAUAAAUGAAACGAAGUUGAGUGGCAAGCUUCAUCUUGUAGACUUGGCAGGAUCAGAAAGGAUAUCUCGUUCGGAAGCGACAGGAGACCGUCUAAAGGAAGCACAGCAUAUCAACAAAAGCUUAUCAUGUUUGGGUGACGUUUUCAUGAAUCUCCUUUCUAAAAACAGUCAUAUACCCUAUCGCAACUCUAAGCUGACAUUUUUACUUCAAGACUCAUUAGGUGGCGACUCUAAGACUCUUAUGUUUGUUAAUGUGAGUCCUGAAGAACCAGACUUACAAGAAAGCAUAUCUUCUUUGAAUUUUGCCAGCAGAGUGAAUAAGAUACAGUUGGGUCCAGCAACGAAACAUACAGAAUCACAAGAGUUGUCUCGCUUCGCAAAAGCUGCAACGAGAGCUUAUGAAGAAGCUUCAUCUAAAGAAGAAGAAAUUCGCCACUUGAAACAGAAACUGAACGAAACCACACAAGCUCUUCAUGAAAAAGAAAUACAGUUGGAAAAAUGGCGUGAACAACUACAGCAGGAAAUGGAACAUAAACAAAGUCUAUCAGAAGAGUACAAAAGAAAAGAAAAAGAGUUGGAUACAAGUCGUCAGUCAUUACAAAAACUUGAAAAGCAACUUUCUGAAUGGAAGGAGAAACUAAGUUUGGAUCAAAUGAAAAGACAAGAAAACCAAUCCCAUACUUCGCGUACCAGUACAACUCCUGUGGCGCUUCGAAAGCGUUCAAGUCCCUAUCGUAUCCAAUCUCCUUAUCGAAAUAUUCACCGUACUGAAUCAACUCGGGAUGCUGUUUCCAAAGAGAAUCGGUUACCUCUGACAGAACGAAUGGAAAACCAAACAGAAGUGGAGUCAAGUAGUUCAUCCAAAGUUCUCGAAACCUCUACUGACACCGAUAAAGAAGCAACUGCAACUCCGAAACCACACCGCAAAGUUAAACAUCGAGUUCACUUUGAAGAACCUAACAAAACAUCUACUACUACCACUACUACUCAGAUGGGUUCUUUAGUUUCUUCCAAACAAGGACCCAAAAAAGUUAUUUAUGCGUUUGGUAGUCGUCUAGAAGUUCCCUUGGAUACCAAAAAGAAAAGUAUAUCACAACCUUGUAGUUCUUUAAAACGUCCAGCUGGAAGGGUACUGAGUUACAAGUCAGCGAUGGAUAAAUAAAAAAACUUCAUUAUACUUGUAAAGGGAAGACACCUAUUUAUUCAAAUUGGCAAAAAAAAUAUAUCUUUAGCAACAAAGCUUUUCCUAUCAAGGUCCAUGCAUUCCUCUCAUCAUGCAUUGAUAUUUCUUUUCAUAAAACAAUAAUCAAUUUU